AUGUCAUCUACAAUUACCGAUCGUUUGAAGACAGGCGAGACGAAUCCACGUGGUAUUCCGGAAGCCAAAUUUAUUGAAAACAUUGAAGAUUUCAUUAAUCCUAGAACAUGCACGGAUGCAGACGUCAGUAACUUUCUGAAUGAAUUACAAAUGAGGUUAGAACAAUAUAAGUUUAUGGAGGAGAGCAAGAGAUCUUCAUUGGCCAACUUGGAUACGAAAAUUCCGGAUAUAACAAAUACUCUCAACAUGUGUGAAUUUUUAAAGCAAAGGUCUACAGAAAUUGGAAGAGAUGAACUUGAUAACGAACAAAAAACAAUAAGUGUUGAUUAUCAAUUGAAUGAUACUAUCUACGCAACUGCUAAUAUAGAACCUGAAAGCUGUAAAUCUGUUUCUCUUUGGUUGGGUGCCAAUGUCAUGUUGGAGUAUCCCAUCGAUGAGGCUAUAGAUAUGUUAUCUGAGAGAUUAACUUCUACUAAACAUUCCAAAGAAAUAACAUUGGAAGAUUUAGAAUUUUUGAGAGCAAAUAUCACUACCAUGGAAGUUAAUUUAGCUCGUGUUUACAAUUGGGAUGUUCAGCGUAGAAAGUCAGCUGCUCAGUCUGAGGAUAAAUAA